AUGGGUAACAAAGAUUAUUAUGCCAUGUUAGGUGUUAAUCGAUUGGCUAGUGAUGAUGAAAUCAAACGUGCCUAUAAACAAAAAGCACUUAAACAUCAUCCAGACAAAAAUCAUGGUGAUGUUGACGCUGAAAAAAAAUUUAUGGAUAUUAGUGAAGCAUAUGAAAUAUUAUCCGAUCCAUAUAAACGUUCAUUAUAUGAUCGAUUUGGUUCUGAAGAAUUACGAAAUUAUUUAGGUACAGAUCCACGUACACAAUUUCCUUCGUCCGGUCCUUAUUAUUCAGAUUAUGGAGCUGAUUUAAAUAAUGAUUAUACAUAUGAUGCUUAUAAUAAUUAUUAUGUACGUUAUAAAGAUCCAUCAACAUUCUAUGAUUUAUAUGUUACAUUAGAAGAAGUUAAUAAAGGUGCAACAAGAAAAAUGAAAAUAACACGUAGUAGAUUUAAUGCUGAACUUAAUACAACUGUACGUGAUGAAAAAUUACUUGAAAUUCAAAUAAAACCUGGCUGGAAAGAAGGAACUAAAAUUACAUUUGAAGGUGAAGGUGAUGAAUGUGAUCAAAAUACUAUAGCAGGUGAUAUUGUAUUUAUUAUUCGAGAUAAACCACAUUCAAUAUUUGAACGAUCAAAUUCAGAUUUAAUUUAUCGAGUUAAAUUAACUUUAAAACAAGCAUUACUUGGUACAUUAAUUGUUAUACCAUUUCUUGAUUCAACAAAACCACCAUAUCAAUAUCGUUCUAAUAAUGAAAUCAUCACACCACAAACAGAAAAACGUUUUACAAAUGAAGGUUUACCUUAUCCAAAAGAUCCAACCCGACGUGGUGAUCUUAUUGUUAAAUUUGAUAUUCUUUUUCCAAAAGUACUUAAUCAUGAACAACGUACAAUUGUUGAUUGUUGUUUUUCAAAUUCAAUUGAUACUUAUCAACCAUAUGAUUCUGUAUUUCAUAGUACAAUUAUUGAAGAAACACAACAACAACAACAACAACAACAAUCAUUUUCACAACCACAAGUAUCACCACUACAACAGUCACAAACAUCACCAACACCAAAACAAUCAAUUCCUAAUUUAAAUUCAACAUCAAUUAACAAACCUCAGUCUGGAUCUAUUAACAUAAAUAAUUUUAAUACUCCUCAUCAAACAGUUUUAAAUCGCAAUGGACAUCAGAAGUCAUCAAAUGCUCCGACUAAAAAUCGUAAUAAAAAUACUAAAAAAUCAUCCGUUGAUGCUUCUGCAUCGAUAUCACCAUCAAUUUCGCCUGAAACAGCAUCUAUUAAGGAGACUGUUUUUUGA